AUGCUCCCAGCCGCUGACGUCAGCCCGCCAAACACAGGCCUGAUCACCAGAGCCGAGGGUGGACAGGGAGAGGGGAGGGCGGCACUGGCCUUGGCGCCCCAGAUCCAGGGCUUCCAAAUGAUAGCGGCGGCGGUGGGGGUUGGGGUGGGGGUGGUGGGUGUUGGGGUGGGGGUGGUGGGGGGGGUGAUGGGAGCAUGUAGAGGAGCAGGGAAGAGCACUGUCCCCCCGCCCCCACCCUCCGUGAUGGACUCCCCCAUCACCUCUGUGGAGUCCUUCCGUUUCCUGGGCACCACCAUCACCCAGGACCUCAAGUGGGAGCCGACCAUCAGCUCCCUCAUCAAGAAGGCCCAGCAGAGGAUGUACUUCCUGCGGCAGCUCAGGAAAGCCAAGCUGCAGUUCUACACGGCCAUCAUCGAGUCCAUCCUCACCUCCUCCAUCACCUCCUCCAUCACCUCCUCCAUCACCUCUUCCAUCACCUCCUCCAUCACCUCCUCCGUCACCGUGUGGUUCGCUGGAGCCACAGUCAGGGACAAACAGAGACUACAGCGCAUUGUGCGCUCUGCAGAGGAAGUGAUCGGCCGCAGCCUUCCAUCGCUGCAGGACCUCCACGACUCCGUGAAGCUGAUCAAGUUCGCGGACGACACCACCCUCAUUAGACUCAUCUCCAACAACGAUGAGUCCGCCUACAGGAGGGAGGUGGACCGGCUGGAAGAGCACUGUCCCCCCGCCCCCACCCUCCGUGAUGGACUCCCCCAUCACCUCUGUGGAGCCUUCCGUUUCCUGGGCACCACCAUCACCCAGGACCUCAAGUGGGAGCCGACCAUCAGCUCCCUCAUCAAGAAGGCCCAGCAGAGGAUGUACUUCCUGCGGCAGCUCAGGAAAGCCAAGCUGCAGUUCUACACGGCCAUCAUCGAGUCCAUCCUCACCUCCUCCAUCACCUCCUCCAUCACCUCCUCCAUCACCUCUUCCAUCACCUCCUCCAUCACCUCCUCCGUCACCGUGUGGUUCGCUGGAGCCACAGUCAGGGACAAACAGAGACUACAGCGCAUUGUGCGCUCUGCAGAGGAAGUGAUCGGCCGCAGCCUUCCAUCGCUGCAGGACCUCCCCACCCCCCCGCCGCCGCUCCCGACCCCCACGCGACCCGUACCGACUCCCCGACGCAGCGAGCCAAAAAUCGCCGGACCACCUCAACUACCGACACCGCGAGAUACCCUGUCCCACCCCCAGAGCUACCCAGCUGAGAGCACCGAACGCAAAGUUCCCCUCACUCGACCCCCUGCCCCCGCUGCCACGACGCCACGCGGGGUGAAGGGUGGGGGGGGGGGGGGGGGGGGGGGGGGGGGGGGGGGGGGGGGGUGGGGGUGGUGGGGGGUGGGAAGUCACGCACUCGGCACGGGGGCUCCCCCCCCCCCCCGUCACAGAGCCCCGUCCCCCCGAGGCUGGGCGGUUGGGGACGACAGCCAGACAUGUUCAUAG